UGGCUUCCUGAGCAUGCGUAGGAUAUUCAUGUCAUUGACUGUGGUGAGGUUCGACUGUAUAAAUCAUGCUAUGCAACACCCAGGACUCCUUGUCUGAGACAACUUACCUUCUGCAGCCUGCACACAUCGAGUAUCGACCGCAGCACAUUACCAAGGCACACCUCCACCUUGCAGUCAUAACGGCUUUCGGUCAACCUCUGGAGACUUCGUUAAGUCAUCCAAGCCAACAUACCGCCGCUUCGCCUUACGCCCAAGGCCACCAGCAUGCCGACACAACAAGUCCUGUACGUCAACGGGGUGAAGCAGCGGGGUGGAAAGCAUGUAUACUUCGACGGGAUCGAGCAACCAGCGUCCAAGCCCAAGAAGGUGACCAAGCCUUUGAAAGGCAUUCUCAAGAAUUGUUUCACGCCUCCGCCUGCGCCGGCUCGCAAGCCGAGGCGCGAACGCAAGUCGCACGCAUCGCACGACGGCUGGUAUGAGUAUGAGCACACUACGAGGAAGGAAUCCCGGAAUGGCCGUCCUUACUACACCACCAGAUCGACAUACCGGCGCUGGUUCUAGAAGAGGUAAGUUCGGUGCAACUUGAUUGCCACGGCCUUCUUUGCUGAUGCUCUCAGACGCCGGCCGGUAGGCAAAGCCACCGUAUAAGCUCUGUCUGAGCGGCGAUCUCUUGGAAUGGGAGUGCGGGCUUUCGGUGUGGGAAGACAUGUCGACAGAGAGGCGGCUGUGAGAAUUCUAGUGAUCGAGUAUCUGACACGAUAUUCGGCGUUACUAUAGGAUUAGUAUAUGAACAGUGAAGUAUGAUUUGAGGUCAUUCAGCUCUGUCAAGUACGGUCCUGAUGAGGGCAUGCUCGGCUGUCAUGCUUCUAUGGUACGCUUCUGUUGCAGGCAUGUCUCGCGCGGCAUGGAUCGUUGCCCGACGUAGAGGCG